AAAAUUCCAAUAUCGAAAAUGGUAGGAUUGACAACCGGUGGCGCUCCAGCUAUGGUGGGUCGUGAUAAGGGUCUCGUGGAGUUGUGUCGUAAAGAUGAAAGUUUUCCGCAACUUCUCUGUUACCACUGGAUUAUCCCUCAAGAAGAAUUAAGUGGACAUUUUCUAAAACUAAACAAAGUUAUGAAAUUGGUAGUAAAAAUUGUGAACGAGAUUAGAGCUCAAGCGUUACAACAAAGAUUAUUCGAAACCUUGGCCGAUGAAAUUUACUGUCAAUAUGGGGAACUGCUUCUUCACUCUGUCCGAUGGUUAAGUAAGGACCGAGAGCUGAAACGUUUUAAUGAUACCAUUUCUGCUAUAUUUCAAGUUUUCAAACAACGUGAUGAACCGAUUCCGGAACUGGAAAAUUCAGUCCGGCUUAGAGAUCUUGGUUUCUUGUGGAUAUUACAGAAAUAUUAA